AUGACUGAAUCAGUAAUAACUAUUACACCUAAAACAUCACCAUAUCGUUCUCAAAUUCAAACUCGUAUUGCAUCACCAGGUUCAUUAUCAUCUGUUAAUUUUUAUGUUUCACCAUCAACUAAUCGAAAUACUGAUCAUCAUUCAGUAUCAAAUGAAAAAUUACAAUUAAGAAAAUUAAAUGAUCAAUUUUUAUCAUAUAUUGAACGUGUUCGUUUAUUUGAAACAUAUAAUAAUUGUUUAAAUAUACAUUGUGAACAUAUUAAAAAUGCACAAGAACGUAUAAAAACUAAAUUAGAUUUACUUAAACAAGAAUUUCAUGAAUAUCAACAAGAAAAAUUUAAUCGUGAAGAAAAAGAUCUUGAAUUAGAAAAUGAAUAUAUUAAUGAUACUGAAAAACAAGUUGAAGAAUAUAAAAAUAAAAAACAAUUUCUUCAACACGAACAUGAGUUAUAUAGAAAACAGAUUAUUGAUUUACAACAACAAUCUAUUGAUUUACAAUCUAAAACAGAAAAAAUACGGUUUGAUUACGAAAAUUUAAACGAUGAUAGUAAUCAUCAUCGACGACAAAUAUCUUAUUAUCAAUUACUUAAAUCAUCAAUUCUUGAUGAAGUAACUCGUCAACGUGAUAUACAUCAACGUAUACAAUUAGAAGUUGAUGAUUUAAAAAUACAAAAACAAUUAUCAAUACAAGCAUAUGAAGCUGAUACUCAAGCAAUUGAAAUUCAAAACGAUAAUAUUUUAUAUGAUUUAAGAACACAUUUUCGUUUAGAUGGUAAUGAAAAAAAUAUUUUAACACAAAUGUUAAAUGAAAUUCGUGAAGAAUAUAAAAUAAAAGAUAAUGAAAUGCGUGAAGAACUUCAUCGAAAAUAUUUAUAUGAAUAUAAUCAACAUAUAAAAAAACGUAUUGAUCAAAAUUUAAUUGAAACAAAUCGAGAAUAUAUGGAACGACAUCAUUUAUCUAAUGAAUUAAAUUCUUUAAAUGAUAAUCGUUUAUUAUUACGUCAAAAAUUAACUUUAAUACAAGAACAAUAUAAACAAUUAGAAAUAAAUUUUCAACGAGAACUCAAACGACAAAAAGAUAUGAAUGAAAAAUAUGAUCAUGAAACAAAUAAUUUAAGUUUAUCUGUUCAAGAAUAUGAAAAUCUUCUUAAUAACAAUUCAUUAGUUUGUCGAUCAACAAUUGAAGAUGAAGUUAAUAAAUAUCGUCAAUUACUUGAAGGUUCAGAACAACAAAUAGGUCUUCGACAAUUAAUUAAUAUGUCAAAUAAAAUUGAUCAUUUUUCACCUAUUAAUCAUUCAACAAUUUCUUCAAUUAAUAAAUUCGAACCAGCACCAACAGUUCUACUUGUUAAAUCUCGUACUCGUCAAAAUUCCACAAGUGAAACUUCAUACGCAACAGCACCUAUAUCAACAACAACAACAACAACUAAUCAGCAAUAUCUUACUUUAGAUUCAGUUAAUGAAAAAUUAUUUCAAAAUGAUUAUGAUACUGAUAAUGAUCAAUCACAAACUAUUCAAUAUAUAUCUGGAUGUAAUAGUCGAUUAAUAAGUGAAACAGAUCUAAAAACAGCAAAUCAAGAAUCAUUACCACCGACUGAUUUUAUUAAACAUAAUGAAACAAUCAAUGAAAUACAUAUUGAUACAUCUCAUACAGAUAGUCCAAUAAAUCAAACACUACCAUUCAUACCAAUGAAUAUAGUAUCUGAAGUUGAUACAGAUGAUAAUAAAAUUAUUACGUCUGAUGAACAACAAUCUCCAUUAAUAUCUACAUUUGAAAAACGAGAAGAACCAGAACAAACAAUUAUCGAACCAAAUAUUUUAACAUCAUAA